AUGACGGAAGUAAUGCAAUCCGGCUCGGAGGUGUUCUCGGAGAAGAAGAAAAAGAAAAAUAAGGAAACAGUGAGCUUGGGUGCGUUCCAAAAAAUUGGUGACUUUAAAAUUGAGCCUUCGGAAAGUGUGACCAAGUUGGACACGGCGUAUUGGCCUCUGUUAUUGAAGAACUUCGAUCGUCUUAACGUGCGUACUAACCACUACACGCCGCUUCCAUUCGGUAGUUCACCUUUAAAACGACCGAUCGCGGAGUACGUGAAGGCUGGAUUCAUCAACGUGGACAAACCCAGCAAUCCGAGCUCCCACGAAGUCGUGUCAUGGAUUAAAAGAAUCCUCAAAGUAGAGAAGACUGGCCAUUCCGGAACUCUGGAUCCUAAGGUUACUGGCUGCCUCAUCGUGUGCAUAGAUAGAGCAACAAGGCUGGUGAAGUCCCAGCAGAACGCUGGUAAGGAAUAUGUGGCGGUUUUCAACUUGCAUUCGCCCGUAGAAAGCCUAAAGAAAGUUACUCAAGGUUUGGAGAAAUUACGUGGUGCUCUCUUCCAACGUCCGCCAUUGAUUUCAGCAGUUAAACGACAACUUCGUGUGCGUUCUGUGUAUGACAGCAAGUUACUAGAUUAUGACCAGGAACGAAACAUCGGUGUUUUCUGGGUUAGUUGCGAGGCUGGUUCUUAUAUACGUACGAUGUGCGUACAUUUGGGUCUGAUGUUAGGAGUUGGAGGACAAAUGAUUGAGUUACGAAGAGUCCGAUCUGGUAUACAGGGAGAGAAGGAAGGCAUGGUGACCAUGCACGAUAUAUUGGACGCACAAUGGGCGUAUGAGAAUCAUAAGGAUGAAACAUAUUUGAGACGAGUUAUUAAGCCGCUGGAAGGUCUGCUUGUAGCUCACAAACGGAUAUUUAUCAAGGACAGUGCGGUUAACGCAGUAUGUUAUGGAGCCAAAGUACUCUUGCCCGGUAUCUUAAGAUAUGAGGAUGGUAUUGAAGUUGACCAGGAAAUUGUUAUAGUCACGACAAAGGGAGAGGCUGUAGCUUUGGCUAUAGCCCUAAUGACCACAUCUACUAUGGCAUCUUGUGAUCACGGGGUAGCAGCUAAACUGAAACGAGUUAUCAUGGAAAGAGACACAUACCCUCGCAAAUGGGGCUUAGGUCCGAAAGCAUCUCAAAAGAAAAUGCUCAUCCAGCAAGGUAAACUAGAUAAAUUCGGCAAACCCAACGAAAACACACCAUCCGAAUGGCUAAAUAGCUAUGUCGACUACAAAGCUAAGAAAGACACUGAAAACGGUGACGCACAAGAAGAUGCCGGCAGAAAGAGAACGGCCAGCACAGCAAAUGCAGACGACCCAAAUAACUCGACAGAAAUUAAGUCAGAAAAGAAAAAGAAGAAGAAAAAACGGGACACUGACGUUGAAAUGGAAAAUGAAGCUGACACAACGGUAGACGCAGACCAGACAAUAGAAGAUGACUCGGUACGCAAAGAAAAGAAAAAAAAGAAAAAGAAGGAUAAAGAUCAGGAAAGACAGGACGAGUAA